CACUCGUUUUGGAGUAGGAGCGCCCCUUGACAGUGGAUUGCUUUGAUUCAUGUUUUUGUACACGAAUUUCUCACUCUGGAAGAUUAUUUUAAUUAUAUGCUUAACGAGAGGAGCGCAUGAAGGAGAAGAUGAACGUGGAGGCUCUGAGCAGGCCUGAGCUGCUGACUCUGCUCAGUAUCCUGGAAGGAGAGCUGGAGGCCCAAGAUGUGGUCAUCCAUGCGCUAAGGGCCCGGCACAGGGAUGCCUUCGUCCAGGAGCGUUACGGACAAUAUGACCUCAGUGAUCCAUUCCUGGCCUUGCAGAGGGACAGUGAAGCAGAGGAGCGGCAAAAUGCACUGGCCCAGAACAACAGCAGCCUAACGGGACGCGCAGUGGGCCCAAACCCUCUGGCUGUACUCAAGCUGGUUAUGGCUCACUGCAAAAGGAUGCAGGAGAGGAUGAUGGGUCAACUGGCUGCCACAGAAAGAAGACAUAAAAGGAUGAUAGCUGACUUGGAAGAGGAGAAACGGUGCAGGGCUCAAGAAUCUGCCAGAAGUGAAGAUGUCUUGUGUAUGCUCCAAAUGGAAAGGGACAAACUUCUUAAACAGUUGGAGGCGGAGCGUGCCACAGUGCGGCGCUUGGAGAAGGAACAGGUACAGACGGUGAGCCAGGUGGAGGAGUCCCUGUCCCAGCAGCAGCAGCUCUCCUCCACCUUGAGUCUGGAGCUGCAGCGGGCCUGCAGCCAAGCACAGGAGGAGGCCCAGAAGGCCUCCCAGCUCCACAGCAGACUACAGGAGGAAACCAGUGCUCUGGAGAAGCUUCAUAACACUCUAGAGGAAGAGAGGAGACACUCAGCUCAAUUAGAGGCCAAGUCUGAGAGGCAGUUGGCUGAGUUCCAUACAGAGCGAGAGCAGUUAAAAUCUCUGCUCCAUAAAGAAAAGGAGAGAUGUAAGGAGCUUGAGAGACAGGUAGAUGAACUCACAGAGACAUUAGCUUCUGUGCAACACUUGUGUGAUGUAAAGGAAGAAAAUGUACUGUCCAACAAAGCAUCGGAGCCCACAUCUGUUCAGACAGAACCAGAUGGAAAAGUUAGCAGCACCACUAAAGCAGUUUCAGUGUCCAAGGCAAACGGCCAUCACACUAACAAAGGGACAGAGUCCAUAAAAGAGAGAAAAGGCCCUGAAAAUGAGGUGAUAGUGGAAAAUGGCAGUGGACCAUUGUCUCAGUCACCUCUUCACCCUCUCUCUCACCCCCGCUCUCCCUCCAGCACAGCCUCCUCCUCCCUCUCCUCCUCCCCUGUCUCCUCCCCAGUGCUGGCCAAGCGCCUUGGGAGCCCAAGCUUCCAUCAGUCCGCUUACCAGGCUGGAGUCAAUCAGCGUUUCCAAGCUGCCAGGCACAAGUUCCAGACUCAGGCAGAACUGGAGCAGCAGCAUCACAGCAGUGGGCCUCUAUCUCCUCGAGACUUGUCCCCUACCACCUCUGCCCCCCCUCCACCUGAGAACAGUACCGCCAAACAACUGGCUCGCAACACUGUCACACAAGUGCUGUCUCGUUUCACAAGCCAACAGGCUGGGGUCAAACUGGCCCCUAUCAGCAACUCUCCUUUUGGUACUGAUUACCGCAACUUGUCUUCCCCUACUGGUCCAAAGUCUCCCUCAUCAGGGCCAUUAUCUCCAGGCAUUCGCUCACCACUCACUCCACGCUCAGAGCGCACACAUCCACCUCCAGUUCCCCCCAAAAGGCCAGGCAUGAGUCCCACUCCUGGAUCACCAAGUCACUCCACCAGGAGCCUCAAUUUCCCAGAGCUGUCAGGAAACUGUGGAGACAAAAGUGUGCAGGAGGGAGCCAAAGAGCCCGAUCUGGUCCUAUCGUCCAGCAGUUAACAGUUAAAACAUGGAUAAACUCAUUUACACCCUUGAAUCAACUUGUAGCACACAAUUUCAAUUGAUAAACAAACACUAUUUAAAAACUGUACUGUUUAGUUAAGGAGUUGGCCUACGUCUACCUCUGUAGCAUUAAUAAAAACUAUUUUAAAUAAACAUACUGUAGGAGUGCUUUGAAUAAUGAUGGAAGCUGUGCACAAAAUGUAUGCAGAACUUCCCCACUGAAUUUUGUUAUUGCAUAAAGAUCUGCUAUUUCUAUUCCUCUAAGAUGUAAAUGCGCUUUAUAGCUAUGUAUACAGUAAAUGGAAAAUUAAAUACAAAAAUAAGAGCACAACAAAAACAUAAUAACUUAAGUCUAGUAUCUGUUAAGAUGCUACUGUAAAAUGUUAUUGAGAAUAUUGUGUACACUUAACUUAAUUGCUAUGAUUCUAAAAUGAAAACCAGUUCUUUCUUCAAUAAAGUACAAUAAGCUGUAGAAAAUAAAGGUAUACAUUUAGUUGUUUUUCUAGUAAUUACUUAGUCUACUGUAUCUUUCUUUCUCCUGUUGAAUACAGACAAUAUUUAAACUGACUUAGUGAUACUUUGCACUAGACCUAUAGGUCUAAACAAAAGCAGAUUAAAAAACAAAGUCUUUAAAAUUAUAUUAUUUAUGUUUUUAUUGUCUAUUAUAACUUUAUGUUAUAAAGUGUACAGCACAAAUCUCAGGGUACACUUUAUUGUCCCCAUAGGGAAAUUUGUCCUCUGCAUUUGAGGACAAAUCCUUUAGUGCUGCUGGACAUCUCAUCAGGAGUGGGAACCCAAUCCAGAUGUUGUUGCUAGGCUUGGUCAGGAUUACUCUAUCUGGAGGAUUGUACCUAUGAUGCAUGUUUUGGGUUGAUGGGGGAACCGGAGUGCCUGGAGGAAACACACCCAGACACGGAGAGAAUAUGCAAACUCCGCACAGAAAGGCCCGGAACCUUUUGUGAAGCUUACUAGUCAUUCAGCCUCUUCAGAAGCAUUUGGUAAAAUGUACAACGCCGCCCCCUAAUGUCAGUUAUGAAAAGGUGCUAGAAGAGCAAUCUAAACCUUUAUUUUUUAUUUUUUUUAUGUUAUUUAAAACCAUUAACACAGUGUAACCGGUUUUAGAUUAAAUGUACAGAGAAUUGUUGUAAUCUCUCACAAAAUAGUGUUUAGUACUGUACUUCAAUGUUAACUAUAUUCAGUUGUCUUCGCCUUAAAACACGCCAUUAUCUAACCUGGAAUGUUUUCGUUUUAUUUAUACUACUACGACUGUAAAUCAAAUAAAUAAUUGAUUCAAGCAUU